UUCACGGCUGCGACACUCUAUGGUUCCUCGGUUCUAUAAGAACAUUCGACUCCCUUUGACAUCGUCCGAACCUGAAGGAAGAUGGCAACCGAGAGUCGCCAAGCAGGGGGCCGCUCUAUCUCGCCUUUGUUCUCCUCUCGGUGGCCACUGCGCAGGCGCAGUUCCGCGGGCCGCGUCCCCGCCUUCCCGGUCGCGGGCCCUGGUCGGGAGCGCAGGCGCCCUGGCGCGCUCCGUUUACACGCUCCGGGGCCUGUAGGCGCCGCGAGUUCCGGCUGUCGCCGUCGCCGCCGCAGCUCCCGGAGGUCGGUUGCGACGAGUAACGGCGCGGGGACGAGUCCUGCGCCUUCUUCUCCGCUAUGUACCCGAACUGGGGCCGGUAUGGCGGGAGCAGCCACUACCCACCGCCGCCGGUCCCGCCGCCGCCGCCGGUGGCGCUUCCUGAGGCCUCGCCGGGGCCGGGGUACUCGAGCUCGACGACUCCCGCGGCCCCCUCCUCCUCGGGCUUCAUGAGCUUCCGCGAGCAGCACCUGGCGCAGCUCCAGCAGCUGCAGCAGAUGCACCAGAAGCAAAUGCAGUGCGUGCUUCAGCCCCAUCAUCUUCCUCCGCCCCCCCUGCCGCCCCCGCCGGUGAUGCCGGGGGGCGGCUACGGGGACUGGCAGCCCCCGCCGCCGCCGAUGCCCCCGCCGCCCGGGCCGGCCCUCAGCUACCAGAAGCAGCAGCAGUACAAACACCAGAUGCUCCACCACCAGCGGGACGGGCCUCCGGGUUUGGUUCCUAUGGAGCUGGAUUCCCCCCCCGAAUCCCCCGUCCCCCCGGGCUCCUACAUGCCCCCAUCGCAAUCCUACAUGCCCCCGCCGCAGCCGCCCCCCUCCUACUACCCGCCGGCCUCGUCUCAACCCUACCUGCCCCCGGCCCAGCCCUCCCCGACGCAGUCGCCGCCUUCCCAGCCCUACCUGGCCCCGACCCCCUCUUACUCUUCCUCCUCUUCCUCCUCGCAGUCCUAUCUGAGCCAUUCCCAGUCUUACCUGCCCGCAUCCCAGGCGUCUCCCUCCCGCCCCUCCCAGAGCCACCCUAAGUCCCAGCACCUCGCCCCACCUCCGCCGUCCACCCCUGCCGGGAGCAAGGCCGCUGCCCAGCAAGAGACUUUGGAGAGUGGCGCCAAGAACAAGAGCACUGACCAGCAGCAGGCGGCCCCGGAGCCAGAUCCCUCGACGAUGACUCCACAGGAACAGCAGCAGUAUUGGUAUCGACAGCACUUGCUUAGCUUGCAGCAGAGGACAAAAGUGCAUUUGCCAGGUCACAAAAAAGGUCCUGCUGCAGCAAAGGAUACACCUGAGCCUGUGAAGGAGGAUGUCGCAGCAGCUGGCACCAGCCAAGCGUCAGAACCCCUGCCAUCUGAAGAACCCCCAUUACCACCUCCAAAUGAGGAGGUAGUACCUCCACUCCCUCCUGAGGAACCCCAGUCCGAGGACCCCGAGGAAGAUGCCCGGCUGAAGCAGCUCCAGGCCGCCGCCGCGCACUGGCAGCAGCACCAGCAGCACCGCGUCGGCUUCCAGUAUCAGGGCAUCAUGCAGAAGCACACGCAGCUCCAGCAGAUCCUCCAGCAGUACCAGCAGAUCCUCCAGCAGCCCCCCCACAUGCAGACCAUGUCUGUAGACGUGCAACUGCGGCACUAUGAAAUGCAGCAGCAACAGUUUCAGCAUCUCUACCAGGAAUGGGAGCGAGAGUUCCAGCUGUGGGAGGAGCAGCUCCAUUCCUACCCGCAUAAAGAUCAACUUCAGGAGUAUGAGAAGCAGUGGAAAACAUGGCAGGGACAUAUGAAAGCCACUCAGACUUACCUCCAGGAGAGAGUCAGUUCCUUUCAGAACAUGAAGAACCAGUACAUGGGGAACAUGUCCAUGCCACCUCCUUUCGUUCCCUACUCCCAGAUGCCUCCCCCUCUGCCGACAAUGCCUCCUCCGGUAUUGCCACCGUCAUUGCCACCACCAGUGAUGCCUCCUGCCUUACCGACUUCAUUGCCACCGCCUGGCAUGCCCCCACCUGUGAUGCCACCUUCUCUGCCAACCUCAGUGCCCCCACCUGUGCUGCCUCCAUCUCUCUCUUCCGCAGGGCCGCCGCCCGUCCUCCCCCCGCCUUCCCUCUCUUCCGCGGGGCCACCCCCUGUUCUUCCUCCACCCUCUCUCUCGUCCACGGCGCCUCCGCCCGUGCUGCCCCUCCCACCGCUGUCUUCAGCCACACCUCCUCCAGGGAUGCCCCCGCCGGGGGUUCCCCAGGGGAUGCCGCCUCAGAUACCCACAGCCCCAGUUCCACCAGCCUCCGGCUCUCAGAGCUCACAGAUCCCAGAGAAACCCAGACCAGCACUGCUUCCCACUCCGGUGUCUUUUGGUUCAGCUCCACCCUCCGCUUACCACCCUCCGUUGCAGUCAGCUCUUGGCCCGUCAGAACAAAUGAAUUCCAAGGCUCCUCUGAACAAGUCUGCUCUGCCGUACAGUUCCUUCUCAUCGGAGCAAGGACUCGGGGAGUCUUCAGUUGCUCCAUCACAGUCGAUGUCUGUGAUCAAGGACAUGCCAGUGAGGUCAGGUGGACUGCUUCCUGACCCUCCUAGGAGCAGUUACAUGGAAGGUCCCAGAGGCCCAAGAUUUGAUGGUCCUCGAAGAUUUGAGGAUUUAGGGUCAAGGUGUGAAGGACCGAGACCCAAAGGGCCUCGUUUUGAAGGAAAUCGCCCCGAUGGGCCAAGACCCAGAUAUGAAGGUCACCCAGCAGAGGGCACUAAAAGCAAAUGGGGGAUGAUUCCCCGGGGGCCAGCAUCUCAGUUUUAUAUUACUCCCAGUACAUCUGUAAGUCCUCGACAGAGUGGACCACAGUGGAAAGGCCCCAAACAACCUUUUGGACAGCAGCAUCAGCAGCAACCUAAGUCACAAGCAGAACCUCAUUCAGAAAACAAAGAACCGCUAGCAGACACCAAUAGUAACCAGCAGAAGAAUUUUAAAGUGCAGUCAACUGCAUUUUCCGUUUCUACAGAUGUAAAGGAUGCCAAGGCGGCUCAGUCAGAUAAGACUCUAAGCAACUCUCAGCAAGAGCCACCUAAAAGUGAAGCCUCAGAAGGGCCUAUUGAACCUUCUGUCUGGGACCAGAAUUCUCAAAGUGUGGAAACUCAAAUGGACAAAGCCCAAGCUGUUACUCAGACUGUACCCCUUGCAAAUAAACCUGUGUCUACUCAAUCUACUUUUUCCUCAAAAACAGGGGGGCUGGAGGGAGGAGCUGCAGUGGCAACUUCAUCGUCAUUAACCGUUGAUAAUGACUUUAUUGGUCUGCCCCAUUCAGAAAACAACCAAGAUAAGGGGUUCUCUAGGGAGAGCAGAGAUAAUAGGCUAGAAGGCAAUCGAGGCAGCAGCUCUGCUUACAGAGGUUCUGGGCAAGGCAGAAUGGAAGACACACGCGAUAAAGGACUAGUUAAUAGGGGCCGAGGCCAGGCAAUGGGCCGCGGCCCGGGGUUGGUCAAACAAGAAGAUUUUCAUGAUAAGAUGAUGUGUAGAAGAGAAGACAGCCGGGAGAAGAUGAGCAGGGGUGAAGGCAGCAGAGACAGAGGGCUGAUGAGGCCAGGAAGCAGCCGAGAAAAAGUGCCAGGUGGUCUGCAAGGCAGCCAGGACAGGGGGAGAGCUGGUAGCCGAGAAGGGGGACCACCUCGGAGGGCUGGGAGUCAGGAGCGAGGGCCCCCUCGCAGGGCUGGAAGUAGGGAGAGAAUACCACCCCGAAGAGCUGGGAGCAGAGAGAGGGGACCACCCCGAGGGCCUGGCAGUCGUGAGAGGGGACUGGGAAGACCAGAUUUUGGUCGUGACAGAGGUCCACCAUUUAGACCAGAACCAGGAGAUGGUGGAGAAAAAAUGUAUCCAUAUCACCGCGAUGAACUCCCUAGGGCUCCAUGGAACCAUGGAGAAGAGAGAGGGCACGAAGAGUUCUCGUUAGAUGGUAGAAAUGCUCCAGUGGAACGGGAAAGACUUGAUGAUUGGGAUAGAGGGAGAUACUGGAGAGAGUGUGACCGUGACUACCAAGAUGACACAGUCGAUCCAUAUAACAGAGAGGACAGGUUCUCGGCACCACCACCUCGGUCUCACGAUGGAGACAGGAGAGGCCCUUGGUGGGAUGAUUGGGAGAGAGAUCAGGAUAUGGAUGACGACUACAACAGGGACAUGGAUAGGGACAUGGACAGGGAUGUGGAUCGAAUUGGAAGACCCAUGGAUAUGUAUGAUAGAAAUAUGGAUAAUGAGUGGGACCGAGAUUAUGGGAGACCACUGGAUGAACAAGAAUCACAGUUUCGCGAACGGGAUCUUCCAUCUCUUCCGCCCUUACCACCCCUUCCGCCUCUUCCACCUUUGGAUAGAUAUCGGGAUGAUAGAUGGAGAGAAGAACGAAAUCGAGACCAUGGGUAUGAUCGAGAUUUUCGUGAUAGGGGUGAGUUGAGGAUCCGAGAAUAUCCAGAAAGAGGAGAUACAUGGCGGGAAAAACGAGAUUAUAUUCCUGACAGAAUGGACUGGGAAAGAGAACGGUUAUCAGACAGAUGGUACCCAUCUGAUGUGGAUAGACAUUCCCCCAUGGCGGAACAUAUGCCCUCCUCACAUUCUUCUGAAAUGAUGGGGUCGGAUGCAAAUUUAGACUCUGACCAAGGCCUUGGAGGGGUAAUGGUUCUCAGUCAGAGGCAGCACGAAAUCAUUUUGAAAGCUGCACAAGAACUGAAAAUGCUUCGGGAACAGAAAGAACAGCUUCAAAAGAUGAAAGAUUUUGGAUCUGAGCCACCAAUGCCUGACCAUUUACUGCCCCAGGAUUCAAGAUUACAGAAUACAUCGAGACCUGGAAUGUAUCCGCCUCCAGUGUCCUACAGGCCACCACCCACUCUGGGUAAACCACCGGGUUCACUUGUAAGACCCUCUGCUCCACCAAGAUCAUCUGUUCCUAUGACGCGGCCACCCAUCCCAAUACCGCCACCCCCACCUCCUCCUCCUCCACCACCACCUCCUCCUCCUGUGAUCAAGCCUCAAGCUUCAGGUGUGGAACAGGAACGCUGGGAUGAAGAUUCUUUCUAUGGCCUCUGGGAUACGAACGAUGAGCAAGGAUUGAAUUCAGAAUAUAAGUCAGAAACUGCACCGCUUCCAGCUCCUCCAGUGCUACCACCCCCACCUGUUCACCCUUCCAUUCCCCCUCCUGGCCCACUGCCUAUGGGUAUGCCACCAAUGCCCAAACCACCACCAGUGCAGCAGACUGUUGAUUAUGGCCAUGGCCGAGAUAUAUCCAGUAAUAAAGUUGAACAGAUACCCUAUGGAGAAAGAAUAACUCUGCGUCCAGAACCAUUACCAGAAAGAUCAACUUUUGAGACAGAUCACGUAGGACAAAGGGACCGUUACGAUAGAGAUAGAGACCGGGAGCCUUAUUUUGAUCGUCAGAGUAAUGUCAUGUCAGAUCAUCGAGAUUUCAAAAGGGAUCGGGAUAUGCACAGAGACCGAGAUCGGGACCGAGGCAUCAUUGACUAUGACCGGGAUCGAUUUGACAGAGACCGCCGACCGCGGGAUGAUAGGGCUCAGUCAUAUAGAGACAAAAAAGACCAUUCCUCAUCCAGAAGAGGGGGGUUCGAGAGACCAUCCUAUGACCGGAAGUCUGACCGACCAGCCUACGAAGGACCGUCCAUGUUUGGAGGAGAACGAAGAACUUACCCAGAGGAGCGGAUGCCCUUGCCAGCUCCUUCACUCAGCCACCAGCCUCCUCCAGCACCGAGGGUUGAGAAGAAGCCUGAGUCCAAGAAUGUGGAUGAUAUUUUGAAACCACCUGGUCGAGAGAGCAGGCCCGAGAGAAUUGUUGUUAUAAUGAGAGGAUUGCCGGGCAGUGGGAAGACACAUGUCGCAAAACUUAUUCGAGAUAAGGAGGUAGAAUUUGGAGGACCUGCACCCAGAGUGCUAAGCCUGGAUGAUUACUUUAUCACUGAAGUGGAAAAAGAAGAAAAAGAUCCAGAUUCUGGAAAGAAAGUGAAAAAGAAGGUCAUGGAAUAUGAGUAUGAGGCCGAGAUGGAGGAGACUUACCGCACCAGCAUGUUCAAAACUUUCAAGAAGACCCUGGAUGAUGGCUUUUUCCCCUUCAUCAUCUUGGACGCUAUCAAUGACAGAGUCAGACAUUUCGACCAAUUUUGGAGUGCAGCAAAAACCAAGGGAUUUGAGGUAUAUUUAGCUGAAAUGAGUGCAGAUAACCAGACUUGUGGCAAAAGAAAUAUUCAUGGAAGGAAGCUAAAAGAAAUAAACAAGAUGGCUGAUCACUGGGAAACAGCCCCUCGUCAUAUGAUGCGUCUGGACAUUCGUUCUUUGCUGCAAGAUGCUGCAAUCGAAGAAGUAGAGAUGGAAGAUUUUGAUGCAAAUAUUGAAGAACAGAAGGACGAGAAAAAAGAUGCAGAGGAAGAGGAAAGCGAACUGGGUUACAUUCCGAAAAGCAAAUGGGAGAUGGACACAUCUGAGGCAAAGCUAGACAAAUUGGAUGGCUUGAGAACUGGCGCUAAGAGAAAACGUGACUGGGAGGCGAUUGCCAGCAGAAUGGAGGAUUAUCUGCAGCUCCCUGAUGACUAUGACACUCGUGCUUCUGAGCCCGGGAAGAAGAGGGUGAGAUGGGCAGACCUGGAAGAGAAGAAGGAUGCAGAUAGGAAAAGGGCCAUAGGUUUUGUGGUCGGACAGACUGAUUGGGAGAAGAUCACAGAUGAAAGUGGUCACCUGGCUGAAAAAGCCCUCAAUCGAACCAAAUAUAUAUGACUUAGUUUUUGAAUGGAGUCAUUAUUCCUCUAAGGUGGUUCGCUUGGAGGUGAUCUGAAGCCAAGGCCUCAUGGAGCUUCGUUGUGUGUCACCUUGCUUCGACGUUUCAGUUUUUAUUUUGUUUCUACUGCUUUAGUUUUUUAAAAAGUUCUCCUGUGUCCCCAAGAGGUAUUAAAAUCUUGCUCUAUCCAAGCAAGACAUAAUUUUUUAAAAAACUAUUUUGGGGCGGGAGGGAGGGAGGCCCAGCUUGAGGGCUGGAGCCAGGUGGGGGUCUGCUGGAGGGCUCCAACAGAACUAUUUCCUCCACUGUACAGUGUCACAGACGAUCUCUAUCAUUAUUGCUUUGUGGCUGUUUUUGUUUUUUACUGUAUGUAACUGGUAGCUGAUUGUACUAGAAUGAAAAACAAUAAACUUUCACGAUAAAGCCGAUGAGAUUCAUGGGCUAUAUACA